GACGCGGGACCGACGGACCCAACCCGGUGGAUGUGCAUGUCGGCCAGCGGCUCCGGCAGCGCCGCACUCUGCUGGGCAUGAGCCAGGAACGGCUGGGCGAGGCCAUCGGCCUGACGUUCCAGCAGGUCCAGAAGUACGAGCGCGGCGCCAACCGGGUCAGCGCGAGCCGUCUCUACGACCUGGCACGCGUGCUGGACACCGACCUCAACUACUUCUUCGAGGACAUGCACGACGAGGUGGCCCGGCGCUCGCCGGGCCAGCUCCGCGGCCUGGCCGAGCCCCCGGCACCCUACGAGGCCGAGCCCGACCCCAUGGCCAAGCGCGAGACCCUGGAGCUGGUGCGCGCCUACUACCGCAUCCACGACCCCCAGGUGCGCAAGCGCCUGUUCGAGAUGACCAAGGCCCUGGCCGCGCGCAGCGACGAGAUCAUGGGGCGCGAGCCGGAGGACGAGCCGGCCCACUCCGAGAGCGUCUGA